AUAGUUGUUUGUUUUUGCCAGUUCCCAGAGUGUGGCUUCUAUGGCAUUUAUGACAAGAUUCUUCUCUUCAAACAUGACACAACCACCAACAACAUUUUGCAGCUGGUUAAAAGUGCAAGUGACAUUCAAGAAGGGGACCUGGUGGAGGUGGUGCUCUCUGCGGCAGCCACAUUUGAAGAUUUUCAGAUCCGGCCCCAUGCACUAAAUGUCCACUCGUACCGGGCGCCUGCUUUCUGUGAUCACUGUGGAGAGAUGUUGUUUGGUCUUGUAAGACAGGGGCUCAAGUGUGAUGGAUGUGGACUAAACUACCACAAGCGCUGUGCAUUCAGCAUUCCUAAUAAUUGCAGUGGGGCUCGCAAACGGCGCCUGUCCACGACGUCCCUGAACAGCAGUCAGUCCCUGCGUCUGUCCAUUACUGACUCUCUGCAGAGUGUGGGGACCACCUCCUCCUCCACAGAAGAGACCAGCCUCAUCCGCUCACACACACAAAUGCCACGCACAGCAAGUGAUGCCCGGCGUUUAUACAUCGGUCGGCCUGUUCAUUUGGACAAGAUCUAUAUGACCAAAGUGAAGGUGCCACACACAUUUGCCAUCCACUCCUACACCCGGCCCACAGUCUGCCAGUACUGUAAAAGACUUCUCCGAGGUCUCUUUAGACAAGGCCUGCAGUGUAAAGACUGCAAGUUUAACUGCCAUAAACGCUGUGCUUACAAAGUUCCCCAUGACUGCCUUGGGGAGACCAUUGAUGUCACGAGUCCUAGUGUGGAUCCAGAGGUGCCGAUGGACUACAGCAGUGAGUAUGAUGCUUCAGAUAAGUCGUCUAUGGAUGACUCUGACGAGGCCUGCAGCAUCCCAGGGUCCUUCUCUCCAGACAACAACCAGGGCGGGUCUAAUGGAGACCAGAGUGCAAACAUCCCAUUAAUGAGGGUUGUACAGUCUAUACGGCAGACAACCCGUCGUUCCAGUACUGCUAUUAAGGAAGGAUGGAUGGUUCACUACAGCAACAAAGAUACACUGAGAAAAAGGCACUAUUGGCGUCUCGACUGCAAGUGCAUCAUCUUAUUCCAGAACAACACCUCCAAUAAGUACUACAAGGAGAUCCCCCUUUCUGAAAUCCUUGAGGUGCGUCCGGCUGGUAACUUCAACCUGGUUCCAUCUGGCACAAACCCUCACUGCUUUGAACUCAUCACUGGCACUAUGUGCUACUUUGUGGGAGAAGACCCCAACACUGCCCCCUCUUUGCCCUCCAGUGACCCCCAGUCUGCUCCCCAAACACCCCCCUCACCCAGCCAAGUGGCCCCCAACAGCGGCAUAGGCCGUGAAGUGGCAAAGGCAUGGGAGAGUGCCAUUCGCCAGGCACUGAUGCCUGUGAUCUUUCAGGAUGCUCCACCUGCUGAGGGGAACACACCACACAGACAAGCUUCUGUUAGCAUUUCUGUCUCAAACAGUCAAAUUCAAGAGAAUGUGGAUAUUGGCACAGUGUACCAGAUAUUUGCUGAUGAAGUACUUGGAUCUGGACAGUUUGGAGUGGUGUAUGGAGGAAAACACAGAAAAACAGGAAGAGAUGUAGCUGUCAAAGUCAUUGACAAGCUGCGUUUUCCCACCAAACAAGAGAGCCAGCUUAGAAAUGAGGUGGCCAUACUGCAGAGUUUGCGGCAUCUUGGCAUUGUGAACCUGGAGUGCAUGUUUGAAACCCCAGAGAAGGUCUUUGUGGUGAUGGAGAAGCUGCAUGGUGACAUGUUAGAAAUGAUCCUCUCCAGUGAGAAGGGCCGAUUGCCAGAGAGACUCACCAAGUUCCUCAUUACUCAGAUUCUUGCAGCUCUGAGACACCUGCACUUUAAGAACAUUGUUCACUGUGAUCUGAAGCCUGAGAAUGUGCUUCUGGCAUCUGCAGAUCCCUUUCCCCAGGUGAAAUUAUGCGACUUUGGAUUCGCCCGAAUCAUAGGCGAGAAGUCGUUCCGUCGAUCUGUUGUUGGGACACCUGCCUACCUAGCUCCAGAGGUGCUCUUAAACCAGGGCUACAACCGCUCCCUGGACAUGUGGUCAGUGGGGGUCAUUAUGUAUGUUAGCUUGAGCGGAACGUUUCCUUUUAAUGAGGAUGAAGACAUCAAUGAUCAGAUUCACAAUGCAGCCUUCAUGUACCCCCCUAACCCAUGGAAACAGAUCUCCAGUGAUGCUAUUGAUCUAAUCAACAAUCUACUGCAAGUCAAAAUGAGGAAGCGCUACAGUGUCGACAAGAGUCUCAGCCACGUAUACCUACAGGACUAUCAAACAUGGUUGGACUUGAGAGAGCUGGAGACCAAACUGGGCGAGCGUUACAUCACCCAUGAGAGUGAUGACAGCCGCUGGCAGGCUUAUGCUCGUGACCAUACACUAGCCUACCCCUCUCACCUGGUGCCCCCUCCCCCAGCUCCUGCCUCUGAUGAUGAGGGCACUAUUGAGGACGCAGAUGUGCAGUGUCUGACCGAGAGGGUCAGCAUCCUCUGACACACUCCACUAGAAGGAAAAACUGUUUCAAAUGGAGUGCAGCUGUUUGAACACUCACAGCAGACAUUGGCUCUGUGUCAGCACUCAAUUCAGCAAUAAGUUACAUUUCUCCACAGCCUGAAGUCAUCAAAACCUCUCUGUAGAGAUUCACUUGUUGGUCCUCUUUCAUCUCAACAUGUAGGCAUACUGAAUACUGCUCUCCUUAUUUCAGAUCCUGUGUAUUCGCCAGUAAACCUUCGCCUUUCCAUUUAAUAUUAUAUGAUUCCCCUGAAAAUGCCACUCAUCCAGACAUAAAAUCAUUUGGCAAAUCAAUUUAGUUCACCAAGGUUUCUAAACUUGCUGUCCUUAUUCCUUAAUAUAAUUAACAUUGAUCUACGGAUGACAAAAUCCUCUGUUAAUAAUCAUAAUUUCUGAAACACAAGUUGUGAAAGUAUCUUGUGGUUUUACUUUCUAGAGCACAGCUAAAAGUUACAAGUGAAAUGCUUUUUCCUGUAACUCACAGACAUACUGUAAAUCCCACAAGUCCCACAAGUUGGCACCAGCUGUAGUGUAGACAUCAUACAGAGCAGGUAAUGAACAGCAGUUCUUGGCUAGAUUGAGUUGUUUGACUGUUGAUUAUUUGAUAUGUUAGAAUGUUGCAUGCUCCUGUGAGUGAUGUAGGUUUAUCAUAGAAUGUAAACACAGUGUAGUCAUAGGCAUGUCUAUCUCAAAGUAUAUUUUACCUGUAGAAUGUACAACAUGUCUUAGAAUACUUCAUAACAGAAAAAAUAAACUUUGAAUGACUCCAAA